CCCCCCCCAGACCCGUGCCUGUACAUCCCUCGGUUCGCCCACAUGUUGGAGUUCGGUGUGAAGACUCACGAGGUUUCCAUGACGGCUCUUCGUCUAGUGCAGAGGAUGAAGAGGGACUGGAUGCACACGGGCCGCCGGCCCUCUGGGCUCUGUGGAGCAGCUCUGCUGGUGGCGGCUCGGAUGCACAAGUUCCGCCGGACGGUGAAGGACGUGAUCGGCGUGGUGAAGGUCUGCCAGACCACUCUGAGGAAGAGGCUGACGGAGUUCGAGGACACGCCCACCAGUCAGCUGACCAUCGAUGAGUUCAUGAAGGUGGACCUGGAGCAGGAGUGUGACCCCCCCUCCUUCACCGCUGCGCAGCACAAAGUCCGCAUGCAGCAGCUUGAACACGAACUGGCCAGGAAGCUGGACGAAGUCGAGGGAGAGAUCAGCUGCUACAAAGACGAGAUCGAGACGGAGCUGGAGAAGAGUCGACCGAAGCUCCGAGGAAUCUACGCUGCCUACGCCAAGGAGACAGACCCAGAGGACGGGGAGGUGGCGUCCUCGCUGUCUGAACCCGACGCGGUGCCGCAGGGCGACGAGGACGAGCUGCGAGCCGCCGCCGAUCACCUGACCCAAAACUUCCUGUGUCAGGUGAUCCAGGAGGAGGAAGGACGGGGCCAGAAGGUGGAGGCGGGCCUGGAGGUGGAAAAGGCGGGGUUGGACGUGGAGGGGGCGGGGGCUCAUCGCCAGGCUGCCCCCCUGGCCGACAUCCUGGGGAGACUGCCGGCCGCCGCCAGUCUCCAGCAGACCUUCCAGACCUUCAGCCAGGCUGGAGACAAACCAGACGACGAGCACUCGGACAGCGGAGAACUGGAUCUGAUCGGGAUCGACGACCACGAGAUAGAAAAGUACAUCCUGAACGAGACGGAGGUCCAGGUGAAGACGGAGCUGUGGAUGAAACAGAACGAGGAGUACCUGAAGGAGCAGAAAGAGAAAGAAGAGAGGAUACAGAAAGAAAAAGAACAGGGGACGUACAAGGAGAAGCCGAAGAAGAAGAAGAAGGCGGCAGCGGCGGCGGCGCUGACGGCAGGCGAGGCAAUCGAGAAGAUGCUGCAGAAGAAGAAGAUCUCCAGUAAGAUAAACUACGAAGUCCUGCGGGACCUGAACAGCCGCGGGACAGGAAGUGGGGGGGGCAGCAGUCCCAGCCUAACCUCUGACCACGACCUCGCCCCCCCCCGACCCCUUGGCCGCCGGCGCCGCAGGAAGAACAGCGCCGCGGACCGAGAGCUUGCGGCUAACGCUAGCAGCAUGGGGAAGAGGGUGCGUCUCCUCCUGUCCUCCACAUCCAAGAAGAAGAGAGCAGCAGCGAUUCAGGCUGAAAGCCCCGUCGCCAUGGCAGUAGCUCACUCUGCUGCCCCCCCGUCCCCCUCCCUUGCCAUCGCAAUGGCGGAGGGGGAGGGGGAGGGGGAAGAGGUGGUGGUGGAGGAGGAGGAGUGUGUCAGCGCUCUGCAGCUCGUUGGAGAUUACGGCUGUGAGGAGGAGGAAGGCUUCUAGCUGCUGACCUUUGACCUGCAACUGCUGACCUUUGACCUGCAGAGAACUUUCCGUCCAAUCAGAAAGCAGGAUCUCAGACCUGUGAUGAUGAAAUCUUGUUCAUGUUGUACAAAGUGUAUUUUUAUAAGCUGUGUGUAGAUGUGUGUGUUUUUGUGUUUUUUCAUUAAAUGUGUCGAUGGAAUCUGAUUGGUCCUCACGACAGGAAGAC